CUAAACAGCAGCAAGAUGAGUCUUUCCCGCAAGGACAAAGAUGCAGUCAAGGCCUUCUGGGCUCUGGCAUCCAAAAGAGCAGAUCUCAUCGGGAGUGAAGCGCUGACCAGGAUGAUCUACGUGUACCCACAGACCAAGACCUACUUCUCCCACUGGAAGGAUUUGAGCCUCGGCUCCGCUCCGAUCAAGAAGCAUGGCAAGGUGAUCAUGGGCGGCGUCAACGAAGCCAUAGGCAAAAUUGACAACCUGACCAGUGGACUGCUGAGCCUCAGCGAGCUGCACGCCUUUAACUUGAGAGUGGACCCUGCCAAUUUCAAGGUUCUCUCUCACUGCAUCCUUGUGGUGAUGGCCAUGCUUUUCCCAAAGAAUUUCACCCCAGAGGUCCAUGUGAGCAUGGACAAGUUCCUGGCCGCCCUGACGCUCGCCAUUAGUGACAAGUACCGAUAAACAGCAUGAUCCACAAGAAAGCCAACAUGAUUGUAUUCAAUUCUGUCUUUCUGUUGGGCCCAAAUAUAAUCAAUUAUCAAAAGCAAU